CAUUCCGGUUCAUUCAUAUACUCAGCUGUGUUGCUUCUCACUUUCCAUCGAUUUCAGUGCAACCGUUCGAUCAAACUUAUGCAUAAAUUCCUGCUCAGAACGCAACCGAAUGUAGUUUGCGGAACUCUACUCCGCCUGUAUAGCUCCCUGCCCAAGUAUCGGAAAAUCCUUGCAGAAAUGCCCCUAGAUCCGAAACACAUUGCCGAGGCGCAGAAACAGCGGCUGAAGUUGAAGCAAAAGGUGAUCAAAGUUUCUCCAGGAAUCGUUAACCUGCAAAUAGUCGGCUCCGGGGCACCCGGCUCACCGGCAUCGGUUUACCUGUUUAGCGAUCAGACGAGAUAUCUGUUCAACUGUGGCGAGGGUACCCAACGGCUCGCGUACGAGCAUAAGACGAAAUUGUCCUGUCUGGAGAAUAUUUUUAUGACGAGAACCUGCUGGGAUCGGAUAGGCGGCUUGCCAGGGAUAUGCUUGACGAUGCAGGAUGUAGGAGUGCCGAAUGUGACACUGCAUGGGCCCCCGGGAUUGGAUGAGCUGUUCAGGGCUAUGAGGCGGUUUGUGAUUCUGAAGGAUAUGAAGGUGGAUGCAGCGAAAUGCGAACCGAGUGACGUGUUUGAGGACCACGUCAUGACGUUAAAAUAUGUUCGUAUCAAAAGGGAACCACAAUCAGUGUCAAGUUCGGAAGAUGAUGAAAUAACGGUGGAAACGACAUUCGAUAACACCGAUUAUUACGCUCAUGAGCUAGGUAAGCGACCACGAUUGGCGCAGCAACAACAUCAAGAUUGGACCAAACGACAAGAAGAAUCUGUGAUGGCAUACAUCUGCAAACUGAAGCUUCGAUUUGGUCAGUUGUCGCUUGAAAAGUGCGUUGACCGAGGAGUUCCACCAGGUCCCCUGUUGGGUCAACUGAAAAACGGGAAUGAUGUGACUUUACCCAAUGGAUCCGUGGUAAAAUCGAGUGACGUCCGAGGCCCAAAUGAUCCUGGGCCGGUGUUUAUCUUUCUCGAUAUUCCGUGUGAGGCGUAUUUGAAAGAUUUAGAGGAGAAGAACAGCCACUUUGAACCCUACCAAAGUACUGCUAGCGAAGAUUCAAAUCAGGCUAUGUACGUGCUGCAUUUCAGCACUCUGGAGGUGAUGCGAACUGCUGAGUACAAGAAGUUUAUGGAUAAAUUCUCCCCGAGCACGCGGCACAUCGCUUUGAAUGAAAUAAAUCGUUUUUCCGGAUAUGUGGCCUGUCAUCGAAUACAGUAUCACUUGAAUCAGCUGGAUAGUCAGAUUUUCCCUUUACUUAGGGAGCAGAACAACGACUAUAAUACACCGGAAAACGGAUUGAAAGGCUGUGAUUUAGUUAGGAUAUCAUCUUUAAGCUAUCUGCAUAUCCGACCCAGAAAAGGCAUUGAACGCACACUGGAAGCCACUCUUAACCCGUCCGAAUACCUGCAAGAGUUGGACGCCCUACCGGACUUCAAAUCGGCGCUUGAUGAUCUCCGGAAAAAGCUGGCCGCUCACAAGACCUUGCGUGCUUGUUCCGAAGUGUCCCGUAUGGAGAAAUUUCCCCGGGUGGUGUUCCUCGGCACUGGGUCAUCGAUUCCGAACAAAACCCGGAACGUCAGUGCUAUUCUGGUGCACACCGCCCCCGACAGCUCGAUUCUGCUGGAUUGUGGCGAAGGAACUGCAGGUCAGAUCGUUCGCUUGUAUGGCCAAGACCGGGCUGAGCAAGUUUUCCGAUCCCUAAAGGCAAUUUAUAUCUCACAUCUGCAUGCGGAUCAUCAUUUAGGUCUGUUUGGCCUACUUCUGAUGAGACGAAGAUUGUUGGGCGCUAACAGUGAAAAAGUGCUGUUGCUAGCUCCGGAGCAGAUUUCCUAUUGGUUGAAGCUUUACGACUGUCGGUUCGAAUUGCUGCACAGGGAGUACAUUUUGGUGAAGAAUGCUGACCUGAUUGAGAGCCCUCUCCGGAACGAACGUAUUCUCGAGCUCGGAGUAACCGAGAUUGCCACAUGUCGCGUUCGGCACUGUCCCCAUUCAUUCGGAGUAGCGCUACGAAUGCCUUCCAGGGAAAAAGGCGAGCUAGGGGAGGAAGUGAAAAUCACUUACAGUGGGGACACCAUGCCGUGUCAGGAUCUGGUAGAUCUGGGACGAGAUUCUACCAUUUUAAUCCAUGAAUCGACCAUGGAGGAUGAGCUCGAGGCUGAAGCGCGAGUUAAAAUGCACAGUACCCUGUCCCAAGCGAUCGAGCAGGGGAAGAAAAUGAACGCCAAGUUUACUCUGUUGACACAUUUCAGCCAACGGUACGCGAAGAUCCCUCGUAUCGAGUCGGAACUAGAGACAAACUUGGGGAUAGCUUUCGAUAACAUGGAGGUAACGAUCGAUGAUUUGCCCCAGCUGUCGCUGUUCUAUCCCGCCCUGAAGGCGAUGUUCAUCAGUCAUUACGAGGAAAUGGAGCAGAAAGCUAUCAAGCGAGGGAACAAGAAAUUGCGACUGGAAGGGGGCAGUGGAACUAAUAGUAAAGAGACUUCACCCAAUAGGUAACUUAAUGGUCGAUAAUUUCGCGCGAAAUGUUAUGAGAAGUUGAUCACGAUCCCGAUUCAUUAUGAAAUUACAUACUUAAGCUUAAAUAAAAAAUAUUUAUACAUAUGGAACUAGUGGUAAUUGUUAUGCAUGACGUAAAGCAAGUUUAUUCAAAAUAAUUUAUUGAAAUAAAACUCAUAAGGGAACUGUUAUAAUUAUUAUCGAAAUACAUUGUAGCAGCAGUGACGGAUCCCUUGCAUAAAAGGGAAGAACAGCAAGAAGAAAAGAAGUUGGAAAAACUCAUGCAACUCUAUGCUUCGUAAAUUAAGAGAUGGUCCACAAUACAACAGUAACUCUAGCUUCAUCUACUCUUGUGAAAUUGUGUCAUCAUCACCCACCACUCCUGGUUUCAUUACAUGAAUCGUCACCGCUCAUUUUCACAGAUAUAAUCGAAUCAACAUAUUAUAAGUAUCGUAAAUCAAACUUCGCAAUGAUGAAUCGUUUCUUCUCAACUAUCGACUGGAGUGACAUUCUGAACGACCGCGACAUUAAUGGAGCCGCAAUGUCCAUGUCGCAUGUACUUUUUUAUGCAAUUGACCAGUUUGUUCCGAAGAAAACUAUCAAGGGUAGAGAUGGGCAAACCGUUCACGAACGGUACGAACGAACUAGUACGCCGAAAAGAGUGAACGAACGGUCGUUCUUUUUCAAAGAACGGUAAUUCUUCCCACGAACUGAUUGCGAGCGAACGGUUUGUGAACGAACUGAUUCCGAAAGAACGGUUUGCGAGUGAACUGUUUGAGAGUGAACUGAUGGAGAGUGAACUGCUUGUGAACGAACUGAUUCAGAACGAACUGUUUGCGAGUGAACUGUAUGGGAAAGAACUGAUUGAGAGUGAACUGUUUGGGAACGAACUGUUUGAGAACGAAGUAUUUGCGGGCGAACGAGUAUAGCUGAACUGAUUUGCGCUGGACGGAAUGGACAAAUAUAACGAGAACGUUUGUAAGGAAAAUAAAACGAUAUUGUCAUGAUGAGCAAAAUGCAUCU